AUGGUCUCCAACCUGGCCGCAGCGGCAGCCAACGUGCAAAUUGAGAACGCGCUGGGGGUGACGGCGGCGCACUGGGCGACGCUGGGCGGCAGCGCCUCUAUGCUGUCUCUACUAAUGCACCUGAGCGCAGAUCUCGACGCAGUGGACUACAGCUGGAACACGCCGCUGCACGUCGCCACCUGCUACGCGCGACCCCACGUCGUCAGCGAGCAGCUAGCUAGCUUGCAGCUGCUGCUCGGCGCCUGCGCCUCCGUUGCCAAUUCGAUAGGCAUCACCCCACUGCACGCAGCCGCGCCAUAA